AUGUUUCGGACCAAGAUUGGAUUUUUUCGUCUUUUACAAGCUAAUUUAUUCGUGAACUCUGCCCCAGUCAUAAAGGACAAUGUAAUGUACAUUACAUCUAGUGAUGACAUGAAUAAUAGCAUGUUAAUUCAAAACUUGGCUUUUGAGAACCAAAUUAAUCACAUUGUAAUUGAAGGUGAUUCGCUUGAUAACUUACCACGUUUGAAUUACUUGUUUAAUAUAACAAAAAUCGAUAUUUUGGCUCAAAAAAUUAAUAAUAUUCCUGAAAAUUGUUUUUCUUUUUGCAAAAAUCUUACAAGCGUCCAGCUUCAUUCGGGAAUUGUAACCAUUAAUGCAAAUGCUUUCUAUUCAACACCAAUUUCCGAAAUUAAUCUCGAUAAUGUCAAAGAAAUUCAUAAUUUUGCAUUCAAAUGCUGUCCAAAUCUCUUAGAAUUAAAUUUACCUGCAAUACAAGUAAUAGGAAAGAACGCAACUGAAUCAUCCGGAAUUCAAACAGUAAAAUUAGGAUAUAGCCUUGUAGAAGUGAGUGAUUUCGCAUUUUUCAACUGUAAACAACUAGUUUCGAUACAAUUCGGUAAAAAUUUAACAAAAAUUGGAAAUGGAGUUUUUAUGCUUUGCCAAAACCUAACUCAGCUUAAUCUCGAAGACACAAACUUACAAAGUAUUGGAAGUUAUUCAUUCUACGGCCUAAAUAUUAAAAACAUUAAAUUUACGAACUCAAUCAACCAAAUUGGAGCUUAUUCAUUUGCUUAUUCAUCAAUUUCAUCAUUAGACUUUCUUGUUAAACUUACAGAUUGCGAAAUUGACGAAUACGCGUUUGCUUAUUGCAAUGAAAUCAAAUCAGUCAUAAUUAACUCAGAAACAAACAUUAAUGAUGCGGUAGGAAUGUUUUACUGUUGUUCAAACUUAGAAAAUAUCACAUUAAACGGUAAAGAUCUUGAUAUUCCGAUGAAUUUUGCUUAUUGUUGCUCAAAACUUACAAAUUUCGAUGCCAAAUCGAUCAAACAGGUAGAAUACAAAGCAUUUUAUAUGUGUUUCAAUCUCAAAUCAGUCAAUUUACAUAAUUGUAAAUUAAUCAGUAUCAAAUCUUUUUCAAAUUGCUAUAAUUUGAAUGUUACAUCAUGGCCAUACGGUCCUUUGUAUCUUGGAGAGAGUUGUUUCGCGUAUUGCUCUAGUUUAGACUUCAAAUUAAUUCCAUCUGGAUAUUCCGUUCAACAGAAAGCAUUUAUUGGCUGUACAUCGAUCAAAACAUUAUUAAUCAAGUCGUUUAGAUUCGAUUUGCAGACAAGAACCGGUGGACAUUUCGUUGGAUGCUCUAAUAUGGUCAACGUUACAUUCAACACCAUUGAUAUGUACGCUAUACCAUGUAAUUGUUUUUACAAGUGCACUGCGCUAGAGAGAAUCACUCUCCCUGAAGGAUGUACGACGAUUCUUGAAAAUGCCUUCGCAUUUACAAAUCUGAAAGAGUUUGAUUUCACGGACAUCAACUAUAUAUGUCAGUCUGCCUUCGAAAGUUCCGCUCUAUCUAAUGUUUUCUUCACAGAAGAUAUAACAAUCGAUAAUUUCGCUUUCAAAAAUUGUAAAUCACUCAAAAAGUGA